AUGAAUGGUUCAAGGUUUUAUCGAUUUCCUCAUGGCAGUAGCAGCACCCAUAGUAGCAGUUCUAGAAUGCAAAGUACUCCACCUUUAAGUACGGUAAGAAGAUCUGACGCUGAGACCCCUCUUACUUCCCGACCACAGCAAUACGACAAUGCUAUGGCAUCUAGUUUAUCGGAAUGUCAAGAACAACUCGCUCAUGUAUUGCGAAAAUUAGAAUCAACGAAUGGAAUGCUAUCGAGUUUGUCCGACAGACUAGAUCGCAUUGAACAGAAGCUUGACGAGCAGUCUUCCAGAGAAGAACAGACUCAAGACGAAGCAUGUAAGGCAAAAUGGAAGCACACGAAGGAUUCUCUGACCAUUCAGGUAUGCAAUUUUUGCACUUAGAAUUUUGGCAUUCGGCGUAAGUCGUUAAUUUACGGUAUCUGUUCUUAAUCAGUUUCGAUACAUAUCUUUGAUAUAUAUCUUCACGUACGUAUCCGCACUUUUAGCACAAUUUUCCGCAGCUCAUGCACGAUUAAGUUUACAUGAAAUUUACAUUCUCAUUCAUACAUGUCAACUUUUGAUUGAUGAUAAGUGAGGGCGUGCAAUUUGGCUUGAUAUAUUCUGCAAGAAACUCUCUUUGAAACAAAGUAUCAGUAUGAAUAUCCGUAAGAAUUAACCUAUAUGCCAGAUCCUGAAAUACUAAUUGUUUGAAAAUUAUCUUGAAUUCCCGAAACAUGCAAACUUGACCAUUGUGUGGCAACAAAUGCCAAAAGUCACUUGUGAACAUAACACAAAUCAACUUGUGCGCUGAAUUUUCAAGAUCUAAGCUAGAAACAAGACUGUAUACGACUAUUUUAAUUGUAGUAUUUUGUUUGUAUUUUAGAAUUAGUUGGAGCAAAGUUGUAGCGAAACUCACAUAUAUGGGGUCCUACUAAAGAACGUGCGGCAAUGCCCAGAGAGAUUCGUUGAAUGCCCGGGAGUCAGGAAAGAAUGCCCGGAGUGAAAUCAUAUAAGUUAUAAGCGAAAAAUUUAUUGUAUAAGAUAAUGUUUGAAUGAAAAAUCAUUUCUUUAUAAUAAAAUGUCAUAGCACAUGCAUUUUCAUUGUAAAAGCGUGUUGUCUACGGCGUGAAUGCCUGGGAGUCAGGAAAGAAUGCCCGGAGUGAAAUCAUGUCAGUUACAAGCAAAAAGUCAUUUUAUAAGAUAUAUAAACUUUUAAUGUUUUUCUAAUACUAUGUUUUCUAAUACAAUUUCUUGUUAUUACGGCAAUAUAUAGGCAAAUGAAAAAUAUGAGUCUAUUAUGACUCAUCUUGUUGUAAUCCCAAGUAUUUCAAACAUCUUGCUUGUCUUUUGUUAAGCGGUCAUUAAUUUGCAUAAUAUGAUUCCAGCUAUCGACUAUUUUUUUAGCUAGAGAAGAAGGACGAAAUAUAUCAUUAUAGCUCAUCAUAAAAUUAGUAAAAUUGCCAACUUUGGUUGCGAAAUGUAAAGUAUGGAAAAUAUAGCCCUGUGAAAUUAGCAAUUAGCAAUAAAAAUAAUUGGCAAUGAAAAUAACAAUUUUUGAGCCGAAAGUGGCUAUUUUUACUGCCCCAAAUUACUAAAAUACUCAAAAUUUGCUAAUUUCACAGGGCUAUAUUUUCCGUAUUUUACAACAUUUUGCAAACAAACUUUGCCAUUUUAAUAAUUUUAUUAUACUCUUUUGAACUAUAAUGAUAUAUUUUGUCUUUCUUGUCUAGAUAAAAAAUUAGUCGAUAGCUGGAAUCAUCUAUUAAAGUUGUCCCUAAACAAAGUGGAAAAGUCGAAUACAAGUGCGAAAGGCUUGCUGGGAAUCGCUAAAAAAUCAACAAUUUUUUAGCGAUUUCCAGCAAGCCUUUCACGCUCGUAUUCGACUUUUCCGCUUUGCUCGGGGACAACCUUAAUCGAAAUAGCUGCAUGUAUACUAAAGUUUAAUUUCACUCCUUGUCUAGAAAAAGUUAAAGUUUGACCUGGAUGAACGACAUUUGAAUUAGAUUAACGCCUUUUAAUAUUAACAGGAUGAGGUCCAUAAACUACAUGGCAGCCGGGACGAAAGAAACCAAUAUAACGGUUUUCAUAUUAACAUACAACUAAUUCAAUUAAUAGUUUUGUUUGUGGAAAUACCACAUAAAUUUAUUACUGCAGUAAUAAAUUUAUGCUGUGUUUCCACAAAAAAAACUAUUAUAUGUUUUAUCGCCAUGCAAUCAUACAAAUAACUUAAUUCAAUUAAGGUUGCAUGUCUUCCAAAAAGUGUAAAACUUGAACUCUUUGCGCAAAAAGGAUGACGGGCUACUACUUAUUUUGACUCUUAAACUAAAAAAAAUUACGUAUACCUUUGUAGCAAGUGCGUAUUUUAUCGAAGUUGUUAUACCUUAAUUUAAGCAUUGUUACCUGGCAAAUUCUCAUGGCUAAAUACGAAAUAAUCCAUCAUACCCUUUCUAUGGUCAGAGUUUAAGGUGUACGUUUUAGAAUGGCAAUCUUAAUUGAAUUAGCAGUAUACAGUACGUUGUUGAAAUAAUAUGAAACUGCUUCAAACAGGCUCAACAGUAUUAAUUCAAUAUCGCGAGACAUGCAAGAUAUCUAUUUUAAUGAUAAACAAUAGAUGCAAUCAUUUGUUUUUCAGCAUAACAAGCAACCAUAAUAAGGCAGUCACAAGUUUCAUUGCCAAACAAUUAAAAGCAAAGGGAUUUGACGAGCUAAAAGUUGAAUGUGAGUCCUUUAAUUAUGUGAUUGCCCUUUUAAUAGUAUUUGAAUUUGAAUUAUUAAUUAGCACAGUAUCCAGUACUUGUCCUUGGUGUUUCAAAUUUUGGCUAUUAUUACCAAUGGCGCAUGUUUUCAGGUACAGCCAAGAAGUUUCACGAGCACUUAAGAUGAGUCGCUUUGGGAUGUGGGAUGAAGAUUCAAAAUCAAGGAUGAAAAUGGCUAACAGAAAAAGCAGAGUAAGUGACAGAGGUUAGAGCAUUUCUUCAUGAACCUCACGCCCUUGCACUUAUAGUUAUGGUAAAAAUCUUGUAACAGCAAGCAAACAACCUAGUAAAGUCCUCGGAAAAAGCGAACCCCUUUUAUUAAAAACUUUCAUUAGACAGAGGAAUAUUUAAACUUAGACUUAAUACAUCACUCUUGUAUUUUUAUUGCUAAAGUGUCAACGUGGGUAUUAUCAUGUUCAAAUUUAGUAACAUAUUUUGGGAUGCCAAAAUAAUAUAGAUAUAUAUAUAUAAUUUGAUUAUAAUUGCAGAAAUUCAACCAGAGGAAAUCUUGUCUUGAUCCCGAAAAAGAGAAAGAGGUGAAGGCUUUUCAUGCUUUGACAAAAGACCAUAUGUCUAGCGAUGAGGAUGAUCCCAAUGCCAACAGUGCCUGGAUGUCAAGACCACCAGCCUAUCGAAGUGAUACUCUAAAACAGUUCCUUCAAAAGUGA